CACAAGGAUCACUACAAGAACAGAAUAGUUUUGAAAUGGAGUGACUUUGGGGCGUCAGAGGCGAGAGUUGCUCUUUAUACCGGAGGGCAGCUAGUCAAGGAAUUGAACUUCAAUGCACAGAGAACAAACAACUUGAACUGGUUCUCGGCCAGAAAACUAAUUGACAGCUCCUGGAGAGACAUGAAAUCCGAGUCAAAGAACGUCUUUUCUAUUUCCGGCCUGUCGCGUGACAAUCGUAACUUCUUCAUCAACAGGAAUUAUGGCGGUUGUUCCAAAGAUGCCGGAUGGAUGGGUAUCACUUCCAACUACUGCAAAUGGGAGACACGUUUCCUUCCUCGCAAAAACGUCAUCCUGUACAGCAAAUUGUCAGGAUACACCAACUGGAACCAAUACAACAGCGUUGGAGUUGCUGACGUUUUGGUGGUUUACUUGCUUUAAGGUAUUCAGUUUGAUUUUACGUGACUGUGCAUUUCAGACAAAAAAAUGCA